ACAAAUAUUGAAAGCAAUUCAGAACUAAAGCUCUUGAGUAGUUCGCGUGGAUUAAAUAAAAAUGAUCUUUACAAUAGCCUACAUAACGUUAACAUUGAAUGUUUACAAGCUAUAUAAAUAUUUUAGUCGAAACCUGUUUUUUCAUAAAUACCUUUUAUAUAAAAACACAGUUUGUGUCAGAUUUGUAGUUUAUUUAUUUUUUUAGGGUUUUUCCCGGUUAGCAACGGUUGCUGCUUAGCCUCUCCAUGGCAACAACAAACGAGGCCACGGAGCAGCGCGGCGACGUUUUGAAUAAGCCAAAAACUUACAAAGAAAGUGCUCUUAAAACUUUGUAAAUACUUAACUUGUUGACUAGCAGAGAUGGAGGGUCUCGCGUCCGUGCAGGAUCUCCGCGCUCUUUCAGCUUUACUCAGUCCACCACAUGAAGAUGAGGAAGAUCUGCAGAAAGUAAAGCCUUUGGAGAAAAUGGGACCGGGUCACAUUGGCACACCGGCUCUACAUUCAACAGACAACAAACAAGGUAGUACUGCCUAUGUGAAGAAGAACAACAAAAAUAUCUGGGAUGAUGAAGAAGUGACAGAGGGGUCACACUUUGAUGACCUCACAGAUCCAAGACCACAACCUGAGUAUGAGAUUAUCCUGAAGCAGUCUGUUGGAACUGAAGAUUUGUUUCUUGGCUUGAGCAGAAAGGACCCCUCAUCCAUGUGCUGUGAAAGCAUGCUGGUGAAAGUUAAACUGCCAGGUACAAAAGCUUCAGAUUUGUUUUUGGAUGUGAAGGAGACAUUUCUUGACCUCAGAACUCCAAAGUAUAAGUUAGGCCUUCACCUGCCUCAUCCAGUACACAAACAUGAGGGGAAUGCCAGAUUUAUUACAGAGCGAGAAGAACUGGAGAUCACACUGCCUAUGAAUAGACCAAUGGACAGUAUCAACCUUGCCUGAGAGUGAAAAAGAGAGAAUAAAGAGACUAAACAAUGAGCAACAAGUUUCAACAGCCUAUGGUCCUUGAUUAAUCAUAAAUUGUUGUAGCUGAGGACAAUGAAAUAAAUUAUCUAUACAUUUUACAGCUAAACAACAGUAUUAGAUAAAGAAAUGUACCUGGAUGAGAAGUGUCCUGUUAUGCAGUAGUAUUACAAAACUGAUCUUGUGAU